AUGCUGCCUGUUCCUGCAGGUGCUGGCCAGAACCCUGUCCGGCAGGCGAGUGUUGCUGCAGGAAUCCCUUACUCGGUGCCCGCCUGGAGCUGCCAGAUGAUCUGUGGGUCGGGCUUGAAAGCGGUGUGUCUGGCUGCGCAGUCCAUACUGACGGGAGAUUCCAGCAUCGUGGUUGCGGGAGGCAUGGAAAGCAUGAGCAAGGCUCCUCAUGUCAUUCACAUGCGAGCUGGGGUGAAAAUGGGAGAGGCUUCCUUGCAGGACACUAUAAUCCUUGAUGGACUUACAGAUGCUUUUUAUCAGUAUCAUAUGGGUAUAACAGCUGAAAAUGUGGCCAAUCAGUGGCAGGUCAGCAGAGGGGAACAAGACCAACUUGCUGUACAGUCACAAAACAGGGCAGAGGCAGCACAGAAAGCUGGCUAUUUUACGAAAGAAAUUGUUCCUGUUCUUGUACCUUCUAAAAAAGGUCCUAUAGAAGUUAAAACAGAUGAACAUCCUCGACAUGGGAGCAACUUGGAAACAAUGGCAAAGUUAAAGCCCUGUUUCCUGACAGACGGAACUGGGACAGUAACAGCAGCUAAUGCUUCAGGUAUAAAUGAUGGAGCUGCAGCUGUAAUUCUAAUGAAGAAAUCGGAAGCUGCUAGGAGAGGUCUUAUGCCUCUGGCUCGGAUUGUAUCUUGGGCUCAGACAGGUAUAGACCCAUCUAUAAUGGGAGUAGGGCCCAUUUCAGCAAUAAAGCAAGCUAUUGAGAAAGCCAGCUGGACUCUGGAACAAGUUGACCUGUUUGAAAUUAACGAAGCCUUUGCAUCGUUAUCUGUUGCAAUAGCCAAAGAACUGAAAGUAAACCCAGAAAAGAUUAAUAUCCAAGGUGGAGCUAUUGCUCUUGGCCACCCUCUUGGCGCCUCUGGUUGUCGCAUCCUUGUUACUCUUCUACAUGCACUGGAACGAACAGGUGGAAAACGUGGCAUUGCUGCUCUCUGUAUAGGAGGGGGAAUGGGAAUAGCCAUGUGCGUUGAGAGAUGAAUGUGGAUGAAUGAACAGCUAGUGCUAACUAGCUUACAGCUCACUAAUAAACUGCUAAUCACGGAGCUUAUGUUUGCUGGUUUUGCCUAAUAUUAAAUAAGCUUA